GAGGAGGAGGUGGGAGAGGUGCCAUGUGCUUCCUGUCUCCACAGCCCAUUCACCUCCGCGAGCUCCGAGAGGAUGGAGGUCCUGAGCUCUGCUGCUUCCUGCGCCUCCAUCAWCUGAAAUUAAAAAACUCACUUUAUUCUGUGCUUUUAUUUUUAUUUAGCUUUCCCCCCCUUUUAAUAAAACCUUUGUUUUAAACCCUCUGGACUCGUUGGGCCUCUACUUAUUUUAUCUUAUUGUUUUGUUUUCCACUCUGAUCCUUGGAGUGUGCUGCCUUUUAGAAGAGAAAGGCUUCCAGGGAUGGAGUCGAUCCCCGGACACCUUGGAGACGCGGGACGGGACGCCAGCUCUUCCCCGGGUUUGAAGCAGGAUGCGCAGAGCUUUUCCGGGCCCAGCUCCCUGAAGCCGAACCAAGUGAGCGAGACCUCCCUGUACGGGGUCCCCAUCGUGUCUCUGRUCAUCGACGGCAAGGAGAGGCUCUGCCUGGCGCAGAUUUCCAACACCCUGCUGAAGAACUACAGCUACAACGAGAUCCACAACCGGCGGGUGGCUCUGGGCAUCACGUGCGUGCAGUGCACCCCCGUGCAGCUGGAGCUGCUGCGGCGCGCGGGGGCCAUGCCCAUCUCCUCCAGACGCUGCGGCAUGAUCACCAAGCGGGAGGCCGAGAGGCUCUGCAAGUCGUUCCUGGGGGCGCACAGCCCCCCGAAGCUGCCGGAGAACUUCGCCUUCGACGUGUGUCACGAGUGCGCGUGGGGCUGCAGGGGCAGCUUCAUCCCGGCCAGAUACAACAGCUCCAGGGCCAAGUGCAUCAAGUGCAGCCUGUGCAGCAUGUACUUCUCUCCGAAUAAAUUCAUCUUCCACUCGCACCGCACCCCGGAGUCCAAGUACCUGCAGCCGGACGCGGCCAACUUCAACUCGUGGAGACGGCACCUGAAGCUGUCGGACAAAAAAACCGCGGACGACGUCAGCCACGCGUGGGAGGACGUGAAGGCCAUGUUCAACGGAGGGAGCAGGAAAAGGACGCUGCCCAUGAACGGCUCAAGGAUGUCGUCGCCGCUGAAGCCGCAGGCCUCGUCCAGUCUGUCCCAGACCAGCUCCCCUGAGAUCCCCCACAAGGCCCUGCGGUGCGACGAGGAGCAGGGCGGCAACAACCUGAGCCUGGCGAGCGGCGCGCGGAGCUACCCGGUCAUCCCCGUGCCCAGCAAGAGCUUCGGCAUGCUGCAGAAGAUCCCCCCGCCUCUCUUCCCUCACCACCCGUACGCCUUCCCCAGCUACGGCCUGUGUCCGAAGAAGAGCGACGGAGUCCCCGAGGCGAACAAAACCACCGUGUCCGGCGUGUUCUGGCCCGGCGCCAAGGACGCGCUCUACCCCGCCUUCCCCAUGUUUUGGCCCGCAGCGGGCGGCCUCCCCAUGCCGCCGUACCCGGGCUCCCCGCCCAAGCCUCCUCUUCCCGAGCUUCCGGCUGUCCGGCAAGCUGAGCUGGACCUAUCGGACCAAAGCGACCGGUGCGCAAACACCCCCAAAGACCCCCACCACCAGCGGGACGGCGGCGAGCGCAGCCCCGGCUCGCAGUCUUCCUCCACCCGGAACGACGAGGACAGGUCCGGCGACGAGGCCUCGCAGAGGAAGAUCAGCUACRUCUCCGCCUUCAGACCCGUCGUCAAGGACGCGGAGAGCAUCGCCAAACUCUACGGCAACCGGGACGGAUACGGCGCGCGCUCCGGCUACCUGUCCCCGGAUUUUAUCAGCGAGAGCUCCAGCUACAGAUCGCUGUCUCCGGACAGGGACAGCGCGGUGGACGAGGACGACGACCCGGACGUGGACGUGGAGUCCAACCGGGGACCGGAGGACGACGAGUCGAUCCGGAUCUCGCCGGGCCAGGACUCGUCGGCGCAUCGGGAGGAGAGCCAGGAGCGGCCCGCAGACGCCUCCAGCCCCGGGGAGGCUCCGRCCGGCUCCCCGGAGCUCUCCGUCCACUCCGGGACAUCCGAUGAGGACAGACAGAUGCGGAACGGCUCCCCUCCUCACCAAGUGUACCCCCCUGAAAAGGACGGACAGGUGCUGCUCCUGCACAAACCCUCUCCUCCUUAUGGCUCCAAACAAUCCAGCAGCAGAUCCAGUGCCGGUCAUCACCUGCCUGAGACACCAACCCAACGCAGCGCUGCAUCCUACCGGGAGCAAAAGGACAGACAAGCUGAUGGAGCUUUGCGCAUCGACAUCAGCGUGCAUGAAAGAGACCUGGAGAACAUGGCCAAAGAGGAGCUGCAGAAGCAGCUGGUGGAGCAAGUGGAGCUGAGGAAGAAGCUGGAGCGAGAGUUUCAGCAUUUAAAAGGUAAAAGAAAAAAUAAUUUCCAGGACCAAAUGAAGCGUGAGCUGUCCUACAGGGAGGAGAUGGUCCAGCAGCUGCAGAUUGUUCGAGACACUUUGUGCAGCGAGUUGGACCAAGAGAGAAAGGCUCGUUAUGCAAUUCAGCAGAAACUAAAAGGUAAUUUUUGUGGUCCAAAACAACAACUCUUUUUUCACUUUUCUGCCUGCUUAUAUAAAUAUGCAAGUGCUACUUUUUUUUUGUUCUACACCUCUUGUGAUCAGUGGUCCAUAUUUGCAGUGAGACAAUCUUUUAGCAUCUGUCUUAAGGCGACACUCAUAAGUCCAUGCAGGCAGUGAAGGUAUCACCCAGCACAAUGUUUGUUUCAUGAUUUUACCAGCUGUAAAGCAUUUUUAGUGUGAGCAAUGAGGAAA